UUUGUUAAUUACAAGGACAACAUUUGAGAUUUUACAUCAGCGCUGCAUAUUUAGAUAAAAAAAUGCAAAUGUUUUGUGAAAAUAUUAAUAUAUAGAAAAGGACUGAAAUUGGGGGGGGUUUAUAUAAAAAUUCAAUAACUGAGAAAAGGGAAAAUAUCUGAUGGCUAUUGCGGUAACAUUUGAUUCUUGGAGAGAAGCACUGAAGACGGGAGAGGCUAUCUCCGGAUUAGAUCAUUGUAAAGAACAGCAAUAGCAGAGAAUUGAUAUCAGUAUUAGCUGCACACACACAAAAAAGACUAAAGAAUGUUAUUCAGAUUGCUCUGGCAAGCACUCAUAGUUGGGAUGGGGCAGCAUCGAGAGCCGUGCUACUUCUGCCCCCUGGUGCAUGUACAUUAAUGCAGUCUAGUGCCAGGGACACGUUCUGCACUGUCAUUAAUGUACGACCUUGCUUCUCCCAGUCCUUUGGCCUGAAAGACCUCUGCUCUCCCCAGAGCAAGGUUCUUAAAUUAAGAAUAAAUACCCCACUCUUCCCUCUCUGUGUCACCCACUCUUCUUCUCUCCCUGUUAUUUCCCUAACUCCUGUCUCUCUCCUCUUGCGCUGGGAGACUGGAUCCCCUCUUCUUCCGGAGCUGGAUCAGCUCUUGCAGGUGCUCAGGGGAGCAGAGCCUGGGGGUGUCAGUGAGGGCAGCAGCUCUGAGACUCGCAGACAUCCAGGAGCAGAGAUGGGGCAAGGAACAUAGGUGCUGGAUCUGGUGGUGCUGCUGCACCCCCUGGCUUGAAGUGGUUUCCAUUAUAUACAAGGUUUACAGUUUGGUUCAAUGGCUUUCAGCACCCCCACUGUACAAAUUGUUCCAACAUUGCUGGAAACGAGGGGCCGCUGGUGCAGAGUCACUUUCCUGCCCGGCCCCAGCUCUUUCCCCAGGUCUCUCCAGGCUCCGGCUCAGCCUGGAAGGGGUUCAUACAUCACAAAAGCAGCAGCAACAAUAAAGCUGAGCCGAUGUUAUGCUGAUAAGGGCGAGGGGAGCCUAUUCAUUGGUACAAGCCAGAGCCUUCUAUUGGCCAUAGAGAUGCUGCUGUGGAGCUGUUAACACAGCUGAGAUUCAGGUUUCAGAGUAGCAGCCAUGUUAGUCUGUAUUAGCAAAAAGAACGAGGAGUCCUUAUGGCACCUUAGAGACUAACAAAUUAAUUUGAGCAUAAGCUGUCAUGGGUUAAAACCCACUUCAUCGGAUGCAUGCAGUUGAAAAUACUGUAGGAAGAUAUAUAUACACAGAGAACAUGAAACAAUGAGUGUUGCCAUGUCAACCCAUUCAUUGCUGUCACUAGUAGGGUGACCAGAUGUCCCAUUUUUAAAGGGACGGUCUCAUUUUUUGGGACUUUUUCUUAUAUAGGCGCCUACUAACCCCCCACCCUGUCCCGUUUUUUCACAGUUGUUUUCUGGUCACCCUAGCUACUAGGGCUCUUUGUUAAUUAUUGCUAUGGCAGAGGAGUCUGCUAGUGCUCAGGAUAUUGGGGAUUGAGUUUCUUGGGUCAGACACUGCUGUGUCUUCCAUUGGGAUCUGGGCUCCCCCAGGCUGAGAAGCUACUGCUCCCCCCACGGCAGCUGUUUCAGGGACAGACCUUCAUAAAUGCUCCCUCUGUGCCCAGCCAGAUGGGAACUUUAUCAGGUGGCUGGAACCAGCCCUUGGGGCAGCCCUGGGCUCUGCUGACACCAGCCCCUGAGCCAGAGCCUGCAGGUGAGGGGCGAGACCCGGGGGAAGGGCUGGGGCCGGGCAGGAAAGUGACUCUCUGAUCUCACAGGCCCUGGGAACCUGCUGCCUUGUGAACGUGCCUGCAGCAGCAUCUGAGCUGCCUUAACAGAAAAGAAGCCGCUGCCCUCAGGUCUUGUCAGGAUUUGCCCCAGGGGCCAGAGCAGGAGGACGAGGGGUCAAUAACCUUCGAGGAGUUGGCUGUUAUUUCGUGGAGGAGAAGUAGGCUGUGCUGGACCCCCAUCAGAGAGCCCUCUACAGGGACGUCAUGCAGGAGAACUAUGAGAAUGUGACCUCAUUGGCAGGUGAUGGGACAGGGAGUGAGAACGAAGUGGGGAAUCUACCUCAGGAAGGUCCUGAGCAAGUGCAACGGCCCAGGGCGUUAUCAGAGAACAUUUCCCACAGCCCUGAGCAAGGAGACAUCUGUGAGAGUCAGCACAGGGCAGAGAUGCAGCAGGGAACCCACCCAGGGAACAGACAGGAUAAAUCCACUCACCAGGGGGGCAGUUUGAAAGACCUUAAUAAAGACUUGAUACAGCCUAGAACCUGCACCAAAGAUAAACUGUAUCAGUGUGCUGAGUGUGACAGAAGCUUCAAUCGCAGUUCAAAUCUUCUUGUCCAUCAGAGAGUCCACACAGGAGAGAAACCCUAUAACUGCCCCAAGUGUGGGAAAAGCUUCAGUGAUGGCUCAGCCCUGACUAAACAUCGGAGGAUCCACACCGGAGAGACACCCUAUGUCUGCUGUGACUGUGGAGAAAGCUUCAAUCAGAGAUCAAACCUUACUGUACAUCAGAGAGUCCACACGGGAGAGAGACCCUAUAGCUGCCCUGACUGCAUGAAACGGUUCACUCACUUCUCAAACCUUGUUAAACACCAGACAAUCCAUGCGGGAGAAAAACCCCAUAAGUGCCCUAGCUGUGGGAAACAUUUCAGGUGGAGCUCACAACUUAUUAAACACCUUGUUUCACACCAGAGAGCCCACAAGGGAGAAGAACCGUAUCGCUGCUCUGACUGUGGGAAACGCUUCAGUUAUAGCUCACACCUUAAUAGACAUCUAAUUAUCCAUACUGGAGAAAGACCAUAUAAAUGUCCCGACUGUGGGAAAAGCUUCAAGCUUAGCUCCAUCCUUCUUGUACAUCAGAGAAUCCACACAGGAGAGAGACCCUAUCACUGCCUUGAGUGCGGGAAAAGCUUCUGUGACAGCUCAGGCCUUAUUAGACAUCGGAGAAUCCAUACCGGGGAAACACCCUUUCAAUGUUCUGUCUGUGGGAAAAGUUUCACUCGGAAAUCGCAUCUUAUUUCACAUCAGAGAACCCACACGGGAGAGACACCCUAUAAAUGUUCUGUCUGUGGGAAAAGCUACAAGGUGAAGGUCUCUCUAAUAUCUCACCAGAAACUCCAUACAGGCUAGCAUGUAGCAAGAGCUCUCCCUGUAAGGCAACGGAUCUCUGGCCUUCCAAAGCAAAGUGUAAAUAUGCUGCAUUUGUAGAUGGUCUGGGUUGGGCCAGCAGGUGGGCGGAUGGUUUGGGUUUCAGAGUGGAAUGGUUGGUGGAGGCCAGAGGAGGAGAGAACACUGGGUAAGGUGGGAGAUGGGUCAUUUCAGGGUCUUGGUAGAGCAGGCAAUGGGAUUAGUGGGGAGACAUUUCUGCAGGUUCCCCACACACUUUCCAAGGUAGAGAAAAGGUAAAAAUGCUGCAUUGCAGUUUGUGUCUGAGUCCUCUCUGUAGCUCCUAAGACCUCUUGGGACAGGGGCAUUUAUUUAGGGAAGCAGCAAGGGGCCCUGUGGGGCCCUAGUGAUAAAGGGGAGAGCUGCCAAUCUGCAGUAACAGGAUAUCAGAGCAAUUCACCGUUUACUGGAAUCCUCUGCAGACAGGAUGGGGGAAACUUGGGAAUUCAUGGUGGAGAUUCCCCAGUGAGGUGGGGUUUUCCACUGUUCCUAUGAGGGCAGUAUGGUAUAAUAGGGAGAGCAGGGGGCAUCAGGACACAGGACCUUGGUUCUGAGAGGGGAGUGAGGUCUAAUGGGUUAGAGUGGGGAGGACUGGGAGCCCUGACGUCUGGGUUCAAUAACCAACUCUGUUAGUGUCUCCUGGUGUGAUCUUGUACCAGCCACUUCCCCUCCUCUCUGUGCAUCUAUUGUUUCAUCCCUACAACGCAUGUACUAGCAGUCACUCACCUCCCCGUGGAGUUCUGAGAUUGUCACUAGUUACUGUGUAUUCAGUGGCUCAGGAGGAAAGAAGCACCAUGGGAGGAAAGUUGCAUUGUUACCAUUACUGCGUUAUAUUAUUAUGUGACAUGCUCCUGUUUCUUGCCGGGUCUCUGUCAGGGGGAGUGUGUUACAGAGCUGAAGGGAAGGGUUUUAGCUAGGUUCCCUUGUCCUUGUUCUCAGGCACAGGCUGUUACACACUCAGAUUAUUCCUGAAACAACUGUCCUGGGUAGGAGUUUCUCCUUGUUUCAGGAUGGUCGGGGAUGGGAGAGGAGAGGAGAGGGUCUCGUGUUUCAGGGCAUUCAGGUUUCAGGUUAACCUGCAUUUCUCAGUGAAGUUUUUACCUCAACGGGUUUUUGAUUUUCCAAAUAAAUUCCUGGUCAAAUGUU